GGACGGUCAUGGUGUGAAAGUCAAUUCGUUCACUCUACACCUCUUAAUCUUUUUUCAACCACGACCUUCCCACUUUUACCUCAUCCAAACAUUGAGCUCUCAAUUCUCAUCCGAGCGCUCUUACCAUUUGGAUGGAUUUCUUUUGAUCCGAUACACUCCUCCAUUCCUUCCUACUCAACCUUCUAACCUCAUUUCUCCGUCACAUUUUGCGCUCACCUACCGUAUUUAAUUUCACACCGUCUGUUCACCACCCGGUGCAGAUAUUCACGAUGGCGAAGCAUCGUGCUCGCGUUCCCAUCGCGUCUUUAGCCUCUCUGGUGUCGCACGUCCGCGACCAGAAAGCUGCGACAAACUCUACGCCCAAUUCUAAUAAACCACAAAGUGCGAAGAAGUUCGCCCAGGCUAGCGAUAGUGAUGCGAGUGACGAUACCAGCUCUGAUGGAAGCGAUGAGAGUGACAGUGACAGCGAGGUUGACAUCGAGGCUGCUCGAAAGAAGUAUGCUGAGAAGCAGGAAAGCAAGCGCAAAAGUGUCCAACAAAAGCCCAUUCCUGAGAAAUCACAACCGACAAAGUCUACACCAAGUGCGAAUGAGUCCUCUACAGCCAAAGCCGCCAAAUCCGUUGUGCUCGGCGCUGACGGAUCCGAAUCCGAAGCCGACUCUGAAUCCGACUCCGACUCUCAGAGCUCUGACUCUGGUGAUCGCCCCGCACAAAAAACCGCUGCCAACGAAAGAACAGCAAACAAGGACGACGGUGGAUCGGAGAGUGAUACUUCUAGUGAGGAUGAAAGCGAAGACGAGGCGACGAAUGCACAGCAACCUGUCGAGACCGAGUCAUCUAGCGAUGAUGAUAGCGAGAGUAAUUCCUCUGACGCUGAUGAGGAAUCUACCCAUGACGCCAUGGAUGUUGAUGGCAACGCGGUAGCUGUCAAUGGAAAUUCUACUGCCCAAAGUUCGACUUCCCAAAUGUCAAGGCCCGCAUGGAUUGAUAAUUCUAAUUUCGUUCUCCGCAAGGCUUCCUCCGACAACCCCGCCAAGGAAGUCGCUGAUUUCUUCAAUAAUACCAAUCUAGAAGGCAAGCAAGUGUGGUAUUUUACAGCGCCAGCUUCACUACCAAUCACGGUAUUAAAGGAUAUGGAGAUCGACCUAUCCAAGGCAACAACUGGAGAGGCGCUGCUAAGUCACCAAGGAGAUGAGUAUGGGUUGGACUUAGAAUCGCAUGCUACUAGCACGCAAAUUCAACUUCUCAUCCCGUCACAGGGUGGUGAUAAGUACGCUGCCUUGAACCGCGGCAUUGAUUCGACGGUACAUUUGCGUCGCAUUGCUAAGUUCGGCCCGGGUGGUGCCGUUAGCGCUACCGCUACCGACGACUACGCGGCGAUACCCAAGGCUAUACGAGAGCAGCCCCAAGGUCUGAAACCUCGUUUCACUCCUAUUGGAGUCCCCACUCCCACAUGGCAGAGCGUCCCGUCAAUCUCGGCGGGUGAGCCGAAGGGUUCGAAGAACUCUAAGCAGUCAAUUGCAGUCAAUGGACAGCUUAAGAGAAAACAGGCUAGUCAAGAAGGUGAACAGCCUAUUACUGCGCAUGAACCUCAAUCUCGAGGAAAAUCUGCAAAGCGAGCUAAGACUUCUAAGUCGGCCGCGGCAAAGGCAUCGAGCUUCAAGGAAACACCUAUUCAAGCACCAGUCGUGGCACAAUCAUCUCCGGCACCGACUGCUAUAGAUACACCCUCGAAGGUGCAAAAGGCUGCCAACAACGACAAGGCCAAGACUGACAAGAAGGCCGCAUUCAAGCCAAAGAAGGAAACACCGAUCCCUCUUCCUCAUGUUCUUAGCAUGAACAUGAAACGUUAAGUUGAAGAGGACCGAGGUCCUUAAGGAGUUCUAAUAAGACCGGAUAGAACAUUCUGAUUAUACUGGGUUUUAGAAAGCUGGUCUUCAACCGGGUUGCAACUCCUUGGUUGAACGUUUCUAUACACGGUUCAUUUACAGGAUUGAAUUGCAACAGUGGAGGGUGCUGGUCAAUGAGAACUUGGCUAAUUUGGGUGCCAGACAGUGGUGUAUUUCGUGUGUGGCUAUUCUUUCGGAAUAAUAGGGGCAUGGAGUUUGGCAAAAUUUCACGAGUCAUGAUUGGCGUGGACUUCUCGCUUGUCUUGAGAUACCACGCGCGGUCGCCCGCUUGCUUGUUCUUUCCACUAGCAGUUAUGUAAAUAGACUACUGCUCCACGGGCUAAUAACAAAAGUUUCUAGACAGUAAUUAAUUGUCCUAUGAUAGAAA